CCUCCUUUGACCCGACUCUUUCCCACCACCAUAAAGCGAGCUUCUCUCCACCUUCUCCGCCUCUCCAGUCUCCAAUCCACCAGAGCCUCCCUCCUUUCUCCCCAAAUGGCUCCGAUACCGAUGCUGCUCGUCCUCCUCUUCGCGGCUUCUCCGGCCUCCUCUUCCAACUCCGAAGGGGAGGCGUUGCACGCCUGGAGGGCGCGGCUCACAGAUCCCACCAACGUGCUGCAGAGCUGGGAUCCCACCCUCGUCAAUCCCUGCACCUGGUUCCAUGUCACUUGUGAUCCCCAGAAUCGCGUUAUCCGCCUGGAUUUGGGGAAUUCCAAUAUUUCUGGCCCUAUCGGCUCCGAGCUUGGCCGUCUUGAGCACCUUCAGUACUUGGAGCUUUAUAGGAACAACCUAAAAGGGAAGAUCCCAGCCGAGCUUGGCAACUUGAAGAACCUCAUCAGCAUGGACUUGUAUGGGAACCAUUUACAAGGAGAGAUUCCUAAGUCCUUUGCCAAAUUGAAGUCACUUAGAUUCCUGCGGCUGAACAACAACAAGUUGACCGGAUCAAUUCCAAGAGAGCUUGUUGUCCUUUCAAAUCUCAAAAUCUUGGACGUUUCAAACAAUGAUCUUUGUGGAACCAUUCCGAUUGGUGGACCAUUUGCCAACUUUCCUCUUCAAAGCUUUGACAACAACAGCAGACUGAAUGGCCCAGAGCUGCAAGGAUUAGUCCCUUACGAUUUCGGCUGCUGAAUGCAUAUGAUGGAGGGGGCACGCUAAAUCUAUUUGCUUUCACACAGUUUGAUGGCUAGUCUAUAGGGUUACAGAAUCUCAUAAGGCUUAAUCUCAAGUAUUAUAUUUAAAAUGAUAUGUAGCAAAAAGCAUAGCUAUCCAUAUAUAUCUUGUCUGAGUCCCAUCUUCUAUAUGAAUUGAGCUGAAACAUAACCAUCUGUUGUAAUCUUCUAGCACUUCACUGAAAUCUUCCAUCAACCUUUAUCCUGGUCAA